AUGGUCGCUUCAAGAAACGUGUGCAAUAAGCAAAAUUCCGAAAAUUCCGCCACUACAAGUAGCAGUGGUAUGAUGAUCAAUAAAUCCCACAAGUUGAAAGCUAUCAAGGGUAACACAAGUAGACCAAUGCUUACACCUCUCGUUAUUGAAAAGAAGUACAAGCAGAAGGCUGUACCAGUUUAUCAACCUAUUGUGGAAUUAACAGUAGGUGCAGAAGACUUGAAUGUCCUUAAGGACGAAACUACAUGUUCCUUCUUCUUUGUUGAAGAUAAGAUUCAAACUGUUGAUGAUUCUUGUCAUGAUGAUUUCAUUAUUGUAAUGUAA